AUGAAAUUUGGUCAAUGCCUGCAACAACAUGCCUUUCCUCCCUGGAAAAAUGAGUACAUUCAGUACAAUUCACUCAAAUACUUUUUAAAAGAGCAGCAAUACAAGCCAAAUGGCGGAUGGACAGUGCAAGAUGAAAACUAUUUUGCAGAAAAACUGAUGAUUGAUGAACUGAACAAAGUCAACGGAUUCAUCUAUUUGAAAACCAAGCAGAUUUGGUCCAUAAUGCAACAGGAAUCAGAGCAGGAGAUACGGCAAAAGAUCACUGAUCUGAUCCAGUUUAUCCGGCUGAAUGCCACUGGAUUUCAAAAGAUCUUGAAAAAGCACGACAAGCACACACAUUUCAACUUGCAAUCAAGUAUACGAUUUCGUGAUGUGCCGAGCCAAUUCAGUUCACAUGAAACGAACCUCAAUGAAAUACUAUACAGCUACCCUGCCAUCACAGAGAUAGCAAGCGCACCACAACCAGCACUGGAAAAAGUGACAACUACCAAGUAUUGGAUCCACCCUGAUAAUGUCACAGAAGUACAGGCAUUGCUGCUGUUCUAUCUACCUAUCAGUGAGGACAAUGCCUCAAGCACUGUUUAUUUUGAUAACCCACAUCAGUUUCCACUGUAUUCUAACAUGCUUGAAAGAAACGAAUCAGCAGAGACGAUACGAGCCAAAUGGUAUGGACACAUAUCGAAUACGACAGACGUCUACUUUGAAAGAAAGAUCCACCACGAGUCAUGGCUACACAACAAAGGCCUGUUUGUCAAGGACAGGUUCUGUCUUCCUUUGCCUCAAGUCAACAACUACCUCACUCACGGCCAGUACCCUCACCACACACAAACAAACCCACAGCUGGCUUCCAGCAUAUACCAAUCGAUGCAUCAACAAAAUCUAAAGCCCACCCUGCGUUGCUAUCAUCACCGCACCACGUAUCAUCAGGGACACUCUCCAUUUCGAGUUUCAUUGGAUACCAAGGUGGCAUUUAUGAAGGAAAUGACCGCACAUUGGCACAGACAGGACAUUGGCGAAGAUUACCCAUUUGACCAUUUACCUCGAGAUCAAGUCUAUUUCUUCCCCUAUGCCAUACUUGAAACCAAGUUUAUCAAUACAGCUGGAGCAGAUGAAUGUGCUCCUGAAUGGCUGAAUCAGUUAGUAGAGAGCCAAUUGGUGUAUGAAGUGCCUUACUUUUCUAAAUAUCUACAUGGCGCCUCCUAUUUCUUUCGAGAGCAAUUGCCCAUGUUGCCCUGGUGGUUAAGUGAAAUGAGCGUGGAUAUAAGAAGAAAGCCGAGUAAUGCAGCCAUCAGUACUCCUAGCACAGAGCAACAUAGAUGUACCGUGAUUGAACCAGAGUAUACACCAGAUUGCUAUGCUGUUGCGGUAUCAGGUAGAACGCUGCCCAAAAGAUCCAAGGAAUAUGAGGAAUACGAGGAGGAUGACAAGCGACUGAUCAGAGGCAACAUGUACAGCAACCAUGCUUCUUCAUGCACCAUGAUAGACGAUAGUGAUAUACAGGUUGUAUCUCAUAACGAGCGCCGAGAGCUAUCACAGUCAGAUCAAGAGCCCAUAUCAGCCUACGACAAGUUUCUCAAUAGUGCCAUUAUGGUCAAGAUCAAACACAUCACGCAAGACAGUGAUGAUGAUGGUGUAGUUGGGAAAAAAGAUGCAAAUCACAUUGGCAUACUACCUUGGAUGUAUCGCAAGCUGAUGCACGACAAGACAUUAUACGCCCUACCACCGCAACCCAAACAGCAAAUCAUGCCUAAGAAGGGCAAGCUCAACAACAAGAAGAUUGAGCCCAAAAUCUUCUUUGCCAACGAAAGAACCUUCAUUUCAUGGCUACAAUUUAGCGCCUUGCUGCUCUCUGUUUCAUUAGGCUUAAUUAAUUUUGGAGAUCACAUAUCAAAAGGAAGUGGCGCAUUCUUUAUUGUAGUAGCAGUCGUUUUAGCCGGCUAUGCGCAACUGAGAUUUCAAUACAGAGCUUGGCAGAUUAGAUUUAGGAGUGAGUCUCGGUUUGAUGAUAUCUAUGGGCCUGCUGUCUUGUGCUUUGUGCUAGUGAUUGCACUGAUUGUAAAUCUAGGAUUGCGAGUGAAUCAGCCAUUACCAACUCAUCCCAGCCCAUUUGGCUACAACACAACAGACGCUAACAGCACUACUGGCUUGCAUAAUCAUCACCCAUAUUUUCCAAAUGGAACAAUGCUGAACAAACAUGGUAAAUUAGUGCCUAUGGAAGAAGAAGAUGAAGAAGAUAUCAAUGAAGCUUAA